AUGUCCUGCUACGACCAGUGUGUGCCACGCCUGCAGUGUCGGCCCUGCGGCCCCACCCCUCUGGGCAGCAGCUGCAACGAGCCCUGCGUCAGGCAGUGCCAGGACUCCAACGUCGUCAUCCAGCCCUCUCCCGUGGUGGUGACCCUGCCCGGNCCCAUCCUCAGCUCCUUCCCGCAGAACACCGCCGUCGGAUCCUCCACCUCCGCUGCCGUUGGCAGCAUCCUCAGCUCUGAGGGUGUGCCCAUCUCCUCUGGAGGCUUUGGCCUCUCUGGCUUUGGCAGCGGCAUCUGUGGCAGACGGUGCUUCCCCUGCUAAAGCUGCUGGCCAUGGUCCUGGAGGAAGAUUCCGAGAGACUGAGGUGGUAACAUCCUGGGAACCGAGCAUUGGGAUCUUGUA